CCUGGACCUGGACGGGGGAGUGGGAGCCAGAGAGAAACCAGCCAGGCUGAACGUCUUGUGCAAAACAGAGAAGGGGACUUCGUUGGAUUCCAUCAUGAUGCCGCUCAGGGAAGGAGGGAGAGCGCGGUCGUGUAAUCGACCUUUUUGUUAUUUAAACUAAGACAGAUAUUUUUAGCAGCAAGCCUGAGUCGGAGGAGAAGGAUACAGGUUGACUGAGAAAUCAGACUAUUAACUGUCGGAAACAGCAACCCUGGAUUGAACCUUUUUAAUAAAUUCAUUCAUGCUUGUGCAGGAAGGGCCUAGUUUCCUGAUAACUUGGGUGAUGAGCCGGAUGGUGCCAUGUGAAUGACUGAAGACCAUGAAGCCCACACACAAGCUGCUGUUCGUCCUAUGCCCCAUGCUUGUCCUGGGCUUUAUCUACUACUCCUCCGGGAAGCUACACCUACACGUGUGGGGCCAGAAGCCACAGAAUGAUGAAGAGUCAACAUUGGUAGUCCCAGCUAAAGGGGCUAAAGUGAAAAGCGCCACAGAGUCGGAAACGGACAUUGCUCUCACCGUGGGACGAAUAGUAGGCUCAGUGUAUGAUAAGCAGGGCUUUCUGCUGAAGCUGGACACAAAGUUGCCACCUGAGUUGGCGUACAAAUAUGGCAACCUCAGUGAAGGGGCAUGCAAACCUGGCUAUGCGACAGCCAAGAUGACCACCAUCUAUCCUAAGUUCAUGAAACCAGCUCCUAUGUUUCUUGACCGGAACUUCAAACGCUUAGCAAAAGUCAGCAAUUACUUACCUCCAUUUGGUUUCAAAACGCAAGAGAGAGUUAUCGACAUUAUUUUAACUGCCACAAAAAACUACGGGCUCGGAGAAGAGCUGGACAGCUUGAGCUGUAAAAGAUGUAUAGUUGUGGGCAAUGGGGGCAUCCUGGCCAACAAGUCUCUGGGCUCUCGCAUUGACGACUAUGACGUUGUUGUGAGGUUGAACGAGGCCCCAGUAAAUGGCUUUGGCAAGGAUGUAGGGACUAAAACAACCAUGAGAAUCACCUAUCCAGAGGGAGCCAUCCAGAAACCAGAGCGAUACGAGAAAGACUCGCUCUUUGUCUUCUCUGCAUUUAAACCCCUGGACUUUAAAUGGCUCAGACAGAUGGUCUUCAAGGAGAGGCUGCGGGGUACAGAGGGGUUUUGGAAGUCAGUUGCCCACUACGUGCCCAGGGAGCCCACUGAGAUGAGGAUCCUUAAUCCUUACUUUAUCCAGGAGGCCGCCUUCCAGUUCAUCGGACUUCCCCUCAACAAUGGCCUAAUGGGCAAAGGGAACAUUCCGACCUUGGGGACGGUUGCCAUAACAAUGGCGCUGCAUAACUGUGAUGAGGUGGCAGUGGCUGGCUUUGGCUACGAUAUGAACACCCCCCACGCGCCGUUGCACUACUACGAGAAUGUAAAGAUGUCUGCCAUCAAAGAGUCAUGGACACAUAACAUAUCCAAGGAGAAGGAGUUCCUCCGCAAACUGGUGAGGGCCAAUGUCAUCACGGACCUGACCAACGGGAUCUGAGUUUACACCCACCUAGAGGGUUCCCUCUGCCUUUCCCAAAGUACUGCAAAACAUGAUGCUGGGAAAUGGAUCUGAAAUGGGGAGAAUGGACCCCGGGUGGUCUUCACACUGCCUGUUUUUAUAUCAGAGGACAAUUAUAAAUAAAGAUAUAAUGGAGGGUGUUUGUGGAGAAAUGCACACACGUGCCUUCUGAACCAAAGGCUCCUGCUGAUGUCGAGCAGGAUUAACAUAAGUCGGGGGGGUUCUUACCGACUCCUGUCUUAUCCAAAGACAGUGACAGGAAGAUCUGCACCCUCCCGGCUACGCCCCAGAGUUUGCCACUUCAAACCCGACAUCCCCCCUGAGCAGCGCAGGACAGGAGACAUGGGGGCCAGGAGAAAGACUUACUGACUUGAGUGAUUGAUGGGUGAACAGACUGACAGAAGGAGGGAAAGAAAAGAGGGAACUGUGUAGGAAUGGGUAGAGUAUCAGCAGUGCCAAACGUACCUCGUAACGAGGGAGAGGUCGCACAUCCGCCCCUCCUUUUGCUGCCUGAAUGUAUUCAGAGUGUAAAUAUCAGAUUUUUACUUUGCUUUUUAACAAGCUGCAGCCCACCCCUUUACCACAACCACCCGAAAGAACAUCCUGGGUGUAUAUGCUCAGUAUAUGCUCAGUUCUCUCUCUCUCUCGCUCUCGCCCCCCCCCCCCCCCCAUGUCUGUCUUUGUCCCUCUCUCUUGCCCGAUUUAAGUCCUGUCUUUGGGUUGUCUGUUAUGGUUCUGGUCUCAUCACCCAUGAACCUCCAGUGUGUAUCAUAUGUAGAGCGUGUCCCACAAGGACAAACCUAGCCUUUUAAU